CGGACGCCGCUCUCGCUUGCGGCGGAUCUGGGACACGCCGAAGUGGUUAAGCUUCUGCUCUCUAUGGACGGCUGCAGGCCCAAUAUGCCAGAUCUAACCCAAUAUGCCGGCAACCCAAACUCACGAAACUUGGAGGGCCGGACACCGCUGCUGCUCGCUGUUCAACAAGCACGCAGGGAGUCUGUGAAGGCACUUCUGAAGCGAAAGGACGUCAAAGGGACAAUCGCAGACGGUUUUGGACGCACUCCCCUCUCGCACGCAGCCGAGGGCCGUUCCAGGAAGACGAUUGCAUUGUUGAUCGAACGCUGCUCGCGCGGAGGACCUGAACGCCGAAGACCAUAA